UCAGCAGCAUCACAGCCUACUCAGUUAAGCGUUUGAGUAAGAUUGUUCCUCAUCACUAGCCCGUUUCAGUUCAAAACAAAAUUUGAUAUAAAGCGCGAUUUUAUAAAAUACAUCUUGAAAUUGUGACAAAAAAUGACUGGAAACUUCAUCGGGGGGUAGACAAGUGAAACCGAAACUGAAAGCAAUUUGGGGGAUCAAGGAAGAGGCUGAAAAUCCAGCACUCAGGAUUCAAAGGUGCUUUUUGCGGUUCUCCCCGUGCCUCGGGGGUUUCCUCCGGGUACUCCGGUUUCCUCCCCUGGUCCAAAGACAUGCAUGAUCUGGCCACUUUCUCUUUUGAUAGAUGUGAAGGAAGACCAGCCGUGCUUCUAUAAUGAGUGUCAGUGAGGACAUUGAGGAGAUGGAGGACGACAUUGCAGCAACUCCAGUAUCCAGCUGUGUGUCUAUGAGAAGUAACAGAUCAGUAGUUAUGUCUUCUGAAUUCACAGAUGAAACAGUGACCUCCGACCGCAGUAUGCAGAGGGAUGUUCUGACCCAGUCCAGUUGUGGAGUUUGUGAGCAGGUUCUGACAGAUCCAGUCUCUAUCACCUGUGGACACCUUUUCUGCAGACACUGUAUCAUCUGUUUCUGGAAUCAGUGCAGAACAUCAGAAGACUUUAACUGUCCUCAGUGUAGAAAAAGAUUCAGAACACGGCCUGUUCUACAAUCACACAAAGUCAAGAAAGGAUCCAGUAUUGCUCACCUCUGGACAGAAUCAGACAUGACUGAGGAGACUGAAGAUGUGCAGCAGGAUUGUCAUAAUGAAUCUGUGGAUGAUGUUCUCCAGAGAGUCAAAGACAAACACAAAAGCAUCAUGAAGAGCAAGUAUGAGAAUUUAUUUGAAGGAAUCAAAGCACAAGAGAAUCAAACGCUCCUGAAGAGAAUUUACACACAGCUGUACAUCAUAGAGGGAGAGAGUGAAGGAGUGAAUGAAGAACAUGAGGUUUUACACAUGGAGACAAAGCCCAGAAGAACACAAGACUUACAAGACACUCCAAUCUACUGCAAUGACAUCUUUAAAGCUCAAUCACAUCAAAGAGAUAAAAUCAAGAGUGUUCUUACUAAAGGCAUCGCUGGAAUUGGAAAAACAGUCUCUGUGCACAAGUUCAUUCUGGAUUGGGCCGAGGGAACAGCCAAUCAGGACGUAGAUUUCAUGUUCCUGCUUCCGUUUCGAGAGCUGAACUUGAUUCGAGAGCAUCGCUACAGUCUUCACAAACUUCUGCUGGACUUUCAUCCUGAACUUCAAGAUGUGGACUCAAAGAUUUAUGAGGAGUGUAAAGUUGUGUUCAUCUUUGAUGGUCUGGAUGAAAGCAGAAUGACUGUGAUGUUUUCAGACACUGAGAAAGUUUCUGAUGUGACUGACACUUCAUCAGUGGCUGUGUUGAUGUCAAACCUCAUGAAAGGAGAUCUGCUUCCCUCUGCUCUCAUCUGGAUCACCUCCAGACCAGCAGCAGCCAAUCAGAUCCCCUCCAAAUACAUCACGCUUGUGACAGAAAUCCAGGGAUUCAACGACGCUCAGAAGGAGGAAUAUUUCAGGAAGAGAAUCAGCGACGAGCAUCAAGCCAGCAGAAUCAUGUCACACAUCAGAAGAGCGAGAAGCCUCCACAUCAUGUGUCACAUACCAGUCUUCUGUUGGAUCUCAUCCACUGUGCUUCAGAAGAUCCUGACACAAGAUCACAGUGAAGAAAUCCCCAAAACUCUGAGUGAAAUGUACAUCCACUUCCUGAUGAUUCAGAUGAAGAUAAAGAAUGAGAAGUAUGAUCCAGAGAGAGAUCCAGAGAUCAACAGAGAAGUGAUUGUGAAACUGGCUGAAGUGGCUUUCAAACAGCUGAUGAAGGGCAAUGUGAUGUUCUAUGAGGAGGAUCUGAGAGAGUGUGGGAUAGACAUCACUGACGCCUCGCUGUAUUCUGGCAUCUGUACUGAGAUCUUUAAGGAGGAAUCUGUAAUUCGUCAGAGGAAGAUCUACAGCUUCAUACAUCUCAGUCUUCAGGAGUUUCUAGCUGCAUUCUACGUGUUUUGCUACUACAAUAAACAAGAAACUUCACAGUUUUUGGAUGUAAUUGACACUUUACUCAAAGGUGCAGUAGAUAAAGCUCUUGAGAGUGAAACUGGUCAUCUGGAUCUUUUCUUGAGAUUUCUGUUGGGCAUCUCACUGGAGUCCAAUCAGAGACUCUUACAGGAUCUACUGACACACACACUGGACACAUCACAGACCAUCAAGAAAACCACACAGUACAUUAAAGAUCAAAUCAAGGGUAAUGAUGGUCUGUCAGCUGAAAGAUCCAUCAAUCUGUUCUUGUGUCUGUCUGAAGUGAAUGAUCAGACGCUGAACAGAGAGAUUGAAGAGUUUGUGAGAUCAGACAAACACUCAGAGAAGAAACUCUCUGCUGCUCACUGUUCAGCAAUAGUCUACAUGCUUCAGAUGUCAGAGGAGGUGAUGGAUGAGUUUGAUCUGAAGAAAUACAACACAACACAGGAGGGCAGAAGAAGACUCAUACCAGCUGUCAACAACUGCACAAGAGCUCUGCUUGUUGGCAGUAAACUUACUCACCAGUGUUGUGAAAUCAUCACUUCAGCUCUUCAAUCCUCAAAGUCUCUGAGAGAGCUGGAUCUGAGUCACAAUGAUCUUCAGGAUUCAGGAGUGAAGCUGAUCUCUGAUGCUCUCAAGAACCCAAACUGUCAACUGCAGAUACUGAGGUUAUCAGGUUGUAUGGUGACAGAUGUAGGAUGUUGUUAUUUGGCUUCAGCUCUGAGUUCAAACCCGUCACACCUGAGAGAACUCGACCUGAGCUACAAUCACCCACAACACUCAACACUUCAGCUGCUCGCUUAUCAAGAUGAUCCAAACUACACACUCAACAAACUCAAUCUAGACCAUGGAGGACAGGCCAGAAUUACACCAGGACUACGAAAAUAUACCUGUAAUCUCACACUGGAUCCAAACACAGCACACACUCUUCUCGUUUUGUCUGAGGAGAACAAGAAGGUCAUGCGUGUGGAAGAACAGCAGUCGUAUCCUCAUCAUCCAGACAGAUUUGAGUGUUUUGAGCAGGUUUUAUGUAGAGAAAGUCUGACCGGACGCUGUUACUGGGAGGCUGAAUGGAGCGGACGGGGGGCUGGAAUCUCAGUGGUUUAUAAAGGAAUCAGCAGGAAAGGUCUGAGUGAAGACUGCUGGUUUGGAUACAAUGACAAGUCCUGGAAUCUCUACUGCUCUAGUAGAAGUUACUCUGCCUGUCACAAUCUAAAGCGGACAGAUAUACCUUCAACAUCACCUCCAUCUAAUAGAGUAGGAGUGUAUCUGGACUGUCCGGCCGGCACUCUGUCCUUCUACAGCGUCUCUGACACACACACACUCACACACUUACACACAUUCAACACAACAUUCACUGAACCGCUAUAUGCUGGAUUUGUGAUUUAUCCAGACUCACCUGUGAUGUUGCUGUAGUAGUAAACUACAGAACGGCUUGGUCCCAUCAGACACCGUUAACAGAUACAGACACUAGUUCAGUGUGGAUGAUAUAGUAUUCUAUGAAUACAUUUUUAUUAAAUUGCUGAUUAUUGUAGGCAGACCGAUGAACUUUAACCAAAAAAUGACCUGAAAAUUUGCCUAAUUUUUUACAUUUUCCUGAUAAUGCGAGAGGCAUGAUAUAAUAAGUUCUGUCUGUAGGCUAUGUGAAAAAAGAGAGGAUAUGUUAGCAUGGUUUAGCAAGUUUUUGAUGUCAUACCCUAUUGUAUUUUGUAUUUCGCUAGUAGAAUUAUGUGCAUAGCUGUUUAUGUGACAAAGAAACUAAUUGGAUUGAAUUGGACUUAAACUUACAUUUAUUUCAUGCAAUGACAAAGGAAAUAAAAACUAUUCUCUAUCAAUUUU